AUGGGCUUCAGCUCGUCGCGCUGCCUCCGCGCAGCUGCAUCUUGCCGCAGCAGACUCAGGUACUGGGCGACUUCCAGCUCAGCCUUGGUCUUGACACGGGCGACACAUGGCGCGCCAGCCACGUCUCUCGGCAUACGUCUUCGUAACUACCAGGAAGAAUGCAUCCAGUCCAUCUUGACCUCUUUUGACCAGGGCCACAAGCGCGUUGGUGUCUCGCUCGCUACGGGAAGCGGCAAGACUGUCAUUUUCACACAUCUCAUUGACCGUGUCAAGCCCUUGUCUCCCACAGCCACCCAGACCCUCAUUCUGGCCCACAGAAAGGAGCUUGUCGAGCAGGCCGCGAGACACUGCGCAAACGUCUAUCCAGACAAGACCAUCGAAGUCGAGAUGGCCAAGCUCUCGGCUUCUGGCACCGCCGACAUCACCGUUGCCAGCAUCCAGAGCAUGACCUCCAAGGGCCGCCUUGCCAAGUUCGACCCGAGCCGCUUCAAGCUGGUCCUGGUCGACGAGGCCCACCACAUAGUGGCCCCCGGCUACCUGCGAGUCCUGGGCCAUCUGGGCCUGGCGACUAAGCAGCCCAGUUCGCCUCACCUGGUAGGCGUUUCUGCCACCUUUUCUCGAUUCGACGGACUAGCGCUAGGCGCCGCCAUCGACGAGAUCGUUUACCACAAGGACUAUGUCGACAUGAUUGGCGAGAAGUGGCUCUGUGAUGCCGUUUUCACCACUGUUGACUCCAAGGCAAAUCUUUCCAAGGUCAGCCGGCUCGGAAAGGGGGGCGGCGGAGACUUUGACACGGCCGCCCUCUCCCGCGCCGUCAACACGGACGAGAUCAACGACAUCACCGUCCGGGCUUGGGUUGCCAAGGCUUCGGGAAGGAAGUCGACCCUCGUUUUCUGCGUCGACCUCGCCCACGUGGCCUCGCUGACACAGAGCUUCCGCCACUACGGAGUCGAUGCCCGGUUCGUAACAGGCGGUACUCGCACGCGCGAGAGAUCCGCGUGCCUAGAUGCCUUCAAGGCAGGCGAGUUCCCCGUCCUUCUCAACUGCGGCGUCUUCACCGAGGGCACCGACAUUCCCAACAUAGACUGUGUCCUCCUGGCUCGGCCAACGAGGUCCCGCAACCUCCUCGUGCAGAUGAUCGGGCGGGGCAUGAGGCUGCACCCUGGCAAGGAGAACUGUCAUGUAAUUGACAUGGUAUCCAGCUUGGAGGCGGGCGUUGUCACGACUCCUACGCUGUUCGGCCUGGAUCCUGCCGAGCUACUCGACGCCGCGUCAGUCAACACCAUGCAGAACAUUCGGGACCGCACCAUGUCCGACGAAACGGUGAAGAAGCUAGCCCAGCAGCCCGUCGACGUGUCGCAGACGGCAGGGCGCGCUUACAAGGUUACCUUCACCGAAUACGACUCGGUAUUUGACCUGGUGGCUGAUUCGUCUGGUGAGAAGCACAUCCGGGCAAUUAGCAAGUUUGCCUGGGUCCAAGUGGCCCAGAAUCGCUACGUCCUCGACAGCGCUUCAGGGACAUUCCUGAGGCUGGAGAAGGUCGAGGAUGAUGAAACGUCGGGUGCGCCCCGGUUCAAGGCCUGGGAGGUGCGUUCUCUACCGCCCGGCUUGUCGAAGUCGCCGUAUGCAGCUCCGCGUCAGCUAUUGGUUGCAGAGAGCUUUAUUGAUGCCGUGCAUGGCUGCGAUAAAUACGCCGGAGAAAAGUUUUACUUUGGGACUAUCUAUCUGGGCACGAGAUGGCGCCAAGGGCCGGCGACAGAAGGUCAAUUGAAAUUCUUGAACAAACUAAGGAGGUUUCCAGACCAACCCUAUGGGCCAGGGGACCUCACCGGAGGCAAGGCAGCCGAUAUGAUUGCAAAGUUCAAGCACGGUGCCCGGGGUAGGUUCGCCAACUUGUUAGCCGAUCAGAAGCGGAGACACAAGGCGAGCCUCGUCGUGGACCAAGAGCAUGAACGGAAGCUCCGCGAGAUUGUUUCGGUUGGCCCUUUGCUGUCGUGA